AUGUCAGCAUUAGUAAAAACUAAUAAUAUGGAAGAAACAACAAAAGUCAAAGAACCAUCAUCAAAAAAGAUGGAAGAAAAUACCGAUGAACAAAUCAGAUUAUCGAAUCUUACUAUGCAGUCUUCUUCUUAUUCUAGUACAGAACAUCAACAACAUCAUUCAGCUCCACCAUUACAUAAUCAACAAGCAAAAAUAGGAUUAGAUGCUAUUCAUGAAAACGGAGAAUAUUCUUCGAAAAACGAACAACAACAAAAUUCAACAAAUAAUCGUUUUCCUCGUUCAAGUACAGUUCCAUAUCCAGCCUAUGCAACAUUAAGAACAAAUGAUGUAAACUAUAUUUCUCCUUCACAGUAUUAUUACACCGAUAAUGCAGCAUUUAUUCAUGGAACUGUUUCACCUGCACAAUUGAAUACUUAUUUUAAUAGUCGACAACCACUUUCAUUAAUUAAUAAUAAUUUCCAACCAAUUUCACCUCAUCAUCAUCAAUAUAGCACUCGACCUGUUGAUAUACUUAAACCAACUUUUUUAAUUGUACCAAAAGCAACUGAACAAAAAUUGGCUGCUCAAUUAUCCGCAUCAAAUUCACCAAUACUAACUACUAAUCGUAAAAUAAAAUCAACGACGAAAAAAGAAGAUACUAAAAAUCAACAAAAAACAACUACGGCAAUUGAACAAUCAUCACCAACUGUUCGUAGUGUUGAAGUUCAAACAAAUAAUGAAUCACCGACAAGAACAACAAUGGAUAUUGGACAUCAACAUAUUGGUCUUCUUGCUACGCCUAAUCCAUCACCAUAUGUUCACUUUGUUAAUGUAACUUAUCCAAUACAAUCAACACCAUUUUCACAUGAGGGUCCACCUGAAACGUCAAUAAUACAAGAUGAAUUUACUAAUGUAAAUGAUUAUAAUCACCCAUCAGCUAGUAUUCGAUCAAUGCCAAAUAUAGCUCUUACACAAGUCUCGCCUCAUCAUUGGCAUGGCUCACCAAUUCUACGUCAUUAUCAUCCUUCUCAACAACCAAUUGAUGAACAGCAACAGCAACAACAGAUAUUAACCAGUACUCAAUCGAGUGGCGUUCGAUCAGCAACAGUACCUCAAAUGGCAAAACCAACAAAUAGUCGAACUCGUAUUGAAACGGGAGAAACGGAUGAAUCAAGUGUCGCAUCAUUUGAUUUUACUCAUACAGAUCUUGUUGAUAUGCCAGGUUCAUGGCGUUAUCAAUCAGUACCUGUGAGAACUGUAGUACGACGACAUCGUGCACCAAUACCACAAGCAUUUCUUGAUUCACAACAAUAUGUUAGUGAUUCUGAACAAGUUGUACGUUCAUCUAGUUAUCGUCAACAACAAUUAUUUGGUUCUAUACCAACAAUUAAUAGACCAUUUGAUUCAAUUCAAAGUCAACAACCAAUUCAAUAUUUUCCAUCAAUUCGUUUAAAUGAAAAAGAUGUAUUAAAAAUUGCUUCAUUCUAUAAAAGUAUUGGUACACUUGUAUAUGUUGCUCAUAGUAUAGCCACACUAUAUACAUCUGAUUUUGAUGCUAUGGCUAAUUUAAAAGAUUGGAAAAAACUUUAUACAGGUGUACCAAUAUGGUUAUUUAAUACUGGAAUGAAUCCAAAAAGAGCUCGUUGUAUUCGUUUAGUAAUCUCAGAACUUGGUUCAAGUUUUACACUUUGGGAUACAAUUGUUAAUGGUGCAUCAGAUGUACGUUUACCAAAAUCACGUCAUAUAACAUUAAAAUCACUUGAAACAGGUACAAUACUUGCAUUAAAAUUUGAUGAUGCAAAUGCAACAGAUGAGUUUCAUCAAUAUUUUGUUAAAUUAUCAUGUGAUCCACGUAAUGCGGAUUUAUUUGAUGUGUUUAAUGCAAAACGACGUCGACCUGUUUUUAUUUUACAUAAAAGAAAAAUAAAAAAAUCAGCUAUUUCAAAACCAUCACAUUUUAAUCAUAUAACAAAAGUUGAUGAACAUGAUCGAGAUUCAUUAUAUACAUAUUCGGUGCUUGUCGAUGAUGGAACUAUUCUUUCUUAG